UCCAACCGUUAAAGAAAAUCUGCGGACAAUUCAGAAGUAAAAACGCGUUCAUGUAUUUAAAAUUUAAAUUAAAGACUCUUGACCACGGGAAUGUAAACAUAAAGAAUGCUUUGAAAAUGCAUUUAAAGGCUGAAAAUGAAUGUUUGAGUAUAAUAUAGCUGCUUCAGGGAAUUUAAAAUUAGUUUUACUAUUUUUAUAAAGGCUUAACAUGGGAAAUGAAGCUUACCUGGUUCAAAAAGAUCCAUGUUAUGCAGCAAGCCCACUUUAUGAUACAGCAUCUGUUUUUAUUGCAAAUAAAUUACCUUUGUAUAGUGAAUUUAUUGAAAAUAUUCCAAACUCACUUAUUAUAGAUAUAUAUGAAAAGGCUUACAAUUUAUGUUUGACGGAUAAUUUACAUUUUGAACUUUCUGAUUUGAGACGUUUCGAAAAUGCUAUUAAAGACACAGAGAACUGGAAUAUAGUGCACAAAUGUGUGCACAUACUUUUAGUUAAACGUCCUAAUUUUGGCAUACUUCUUGCUUCACAAAAAGCUGCUGAAUACAUUAGAGAUCCUUUGAAAAUAAUUGAGUUUACUUACAAGGCUUUGCAAUUAGGUGCAUUUUUUUUGGAACAUGGUUUGUAUGAUUGCUCCAAAAUUGUUUACCAGAGCAUUGAUAUUGUUGAUUUAAAUGGAAAUAUUGACAAUAACAUUCUAUCUAUUGCCUUUGAAGUUGCAUUACGAGUUGGUCAUGUUUUGACACUUAAUUGUAAUUACAACGAUGCUAAUACUGCUAUUUUAAAUGCUUCAAUUUUGUUGACAUAUAUGCAAAAUUGUAAUUUGAAGCCAAAUUGUGCAUUCUACUACACUUUAUGUAGCAUGUAUAUGUUUUCUUUAUCACAAUAUGAUAAGGCAUACAAUUUAGCUCUACAAGCAGUUCAAGAACUAAAUGAUAGUUUACCGCCAAAAAUAAUUGUUGACACACUACGACAAGCUUGUAAAGCAUGCAUUAUCAAAAGGUUAUUUUGUGAAGCCAGAGUAUAUACUUUAGAAGCUUUGAAACUGGCAAGAUAUUGGUUUGGAAUACACCAUUUAAAAUAUGCAGACUGUCUUUCUGAUUUUGCUUUUUAUCUUCUUAGUAUUGAUAAUGUUGGAUUAUCAGUAAAAUAUUAUGAGAUGGCUUUAAGUGUUCGUAAAGAACAAUUAGGCGAAAAAAAUAUAUUAACUGCAAUGACGCAUGAAGAUCUGGCUUAUGCUUUAUAUGUGCGAGACUACAGUAAAGGUGAUUUUGAACAUGCUAGGGUUCAUGCUGAGCAAGCUUUGAUGGUGCUGUUAGAAAUCCUUCCAGUUGAUCAUUUGUUGCUUUCAUCAUCUAAAAGAGUGGAAGCUUUAAUUUUGGAAGAAGUUGCAAUUGAUAGUGAUGACCCAAUUGUUGAAGACAGGUUGCUAAAGUGUGCAGAAAGUCUUCAUAUGGAUUCAUUACGUUUAGCAAAAAAUACAUUUGGUGAGUAUAAUGUUCAAACAGCAAAGCAUUAUGGUAAUCUAGGAAGAUUGUAUCAAUCUAUGAAAAAGUACAAGGAAGCCGAAGCCAAUCAUUUAAAAGCAAUUUAUAUCAAAGAAAAGCUUCUUAGUUGUUCUGACUAUGAAGUUGCUCUUUCCAUUGGUCACUUGGCUUCUCUAUACAACUACGACAUGAAAAAGUAUGAUGAAGCUGAACAGUUAUAUAAAAGAUCUAUUGAAAUAGGAAGAAAAUUAUUCGGUGUUUGGUACAGUGGUUUAGAAUAUGAUUACCGGGGGUUGAUACAUUUGUAUGAAGAAACUGGUCGUCAUGUUGAGGCUGCUCACUACCGAUCUAAUUUAGCUGAUUGGAAAUUUGAAAGAGACGACAAAUUUUCUAAAGCAUUAUAUAUUGAACCACAAGAAGACCAUACUGAUCAAGUGUGUGUUAAAACUAUUUUACAAAAUGUCAAAGAUAGAUCCAUAAAAAGUGGUUCUUAGUAUAAAAGAUAUAUGUAUAUA